AUGUCACAGAAGGGUUCUGAUCUGAUGUGUUACUUACUGCCUUGUUGUUUUGCAGCCUGUCUGUUCCGGUACAAUGGGUUCUCCUUCGUCUACCUCAUCUACCUCCUGCUCAUCCCACUGUUCCCAGAACCCACCAAAACAACAAUGCAAGGUCACACAGGGUGCCUGCUUAAGUCCCUGUGCUUCACCGGUAUGGCUUUCCUGCUUCUGCACAUCAUCUACCAGGUUACCAUCAUCAGUCUGCUAGCAGGUGAUAAAAUAGAACCCAACUUCAACUGUUCAACGUGGGAGAAGUCGGUGCGACAGCUGGGCUUGGAAAGCGUCCGGGGUGCCGAUGCAGGAAAUGGCAUUCGUGUGUUCAUCGCAGACAUCGGCAUGUUCGUGGCGGGCCUGGUCACGUGGCUGCUGUGCCUGAGUCUAGAGGAGAAGCCGCAGGUGAAUGACGCGUCGCAGCAGCAUAGCGUAGACUACGAGUCAGACAGUCAGCACCGCAGUCUUACCAACGGAGCCAAACAGGACCACCAGAAGCCUCUAAGUCUGACCUCUGGGUAUCUGUCAUGA